AUGAAAAAAAAAAAAAUUAAAAAGAAAAAAAGUGAGGCAAAAGGUGAUAAUGUAGACAGUGAAGUGAAUUGUAAAAAAUAUGGGGAAGAAAAAAACUGUCUCCUUGAGCUAAGUGAUCAAUAUAAUACGACAAUGAUUAGCAACAGUAUUGACAAUACGUUAGAAAAUAAUGAUAUCAAAAAAUUUUCUGAAAAAUUAAAAAGAGAUAAUAUGGAUAAAAAAGAAAAGCAUAUAAAUGAGGAAUAUGAUCAAAGGAAACCUUUUAAAAAGAAUUUUGUUGAAGCGUUAAAUGACUCAUGUAUCAGUUUGAAAGAUAAUGUAGGGUUAAGAAACCAGAACGGUAAGGGUGUCUACAAGAACGAAGAUAGCAGCAGCAUUAGUAAGGAUAAAAACAAUGAUGAUAAUGAUAGUAGUCAUGAUAAUAGUCGCAAUUAUAGUACCAACUGGGAUGAAGAAUAUUACGAAAAAACUCUGCAGGGAGAAAACGAUAUGAGCGACAUUUCUACGGAUGAGAUUUUGAGCGGAUUAGAAACUGAAAGCGGAAUUGAUGAUGAUGAUAUAAGUGGAAUGUUGGAGGAUGCAAAGAACAGGGGUGGUCAAGAACUUAUUUACGAAAAUUUGAAUAACAAUGAAUUAAGUGCAUUAUCGGAAGAGAUAAGAAAAAAGGAAAAGAUAUUAGAAGAAGAGAACAAAAAUAUAUGGAACCUAAAAAAUCGAUUUAGUAAAAUAGAGAAGUUUACAAAUUUAAAGAAAAAAAAGAUGAAGGAUUUAAAAAAAAGUAUAGAGGAUAAAACUAAGAUAGAAGAAGAAGAAAAUGCAAUGUGUAAGAAUAUCGAAAUGAAAAAUGUAUUUUUAAAUAAAGAAAAUAAAAAGUUAAAAGAGGAGAGAGAAAAAAAUAAUGAAAAAAUAAUUAAGACUCAAAAUGAUUUGGUCAAAUGUGAUAAUGAUAUAGAAGAAAUAAAAAAAAAGUUAAUGUGUAAAGAAAACGAAUUAAAUGAAUGGUUUGAAAAAAUUAAUAAGGUACAAAAGGAAGAAUAUGAGAUCGAGAAGUUCCGACUAAUAAAAGAUAAAGAAAUAGAAAAAUUAUCUUACAAUCUUGAAAAAUUAUGUCUAGAAAAUGUUGAAAGUGAAAAGAACUUAAAUACAUUAAAAACAAAAAAUAUGAAAUUAAAUAUUGAGUUACAAGCAACUGUUAACGAUAAUGAAGACAUAAAGAAGGAAAAAAAAGAUCUGUUGAAAAAAUGGAAAUGCAUAGUAGAUGCUAUAAAUAACAGAGAUCAUACUGUUAUGAAGUUUGAGGAAUAUUUUAGAAAAUACCUUAACAAGGAACAAAAAUUGAAACAAAAAUAUGAACAUAUUACUAAAAAUAUAGAUGCUCAAAAAAGUAAAAACGAUCAAUUAAAUCAUAAAAUAAAAGAAACUAAAAUGGCUUUAAAUAUAUUAAGAAAAGAAGAAACGAAUGUAAAUAACACUUGGGCAAAGGUUCUAAUCGAAAGAGACUUGUUGAAUAAAGAUUAUGAUCAUGCAAAGUUUAAUUUUAAAGAAAAAUUAGAAGAAAAAAAAAAUUUAGAAAAUUCCCUUACGGAGUUGACAAAGACAUGGGAAAACCUUUUGGAAAGUUCAGAGGAAUCAAAAAAAGAACUCCAUAAAGAAGAAUUAAAAAAUGUGGAAAAAAAUGAAUUAAUAAAAUCUAGUGAACAUAUAUUAAAUGAACAAAAAAAUAAAUUAAAUAAUCUAAUAACCGAAAUAAAGUUAUUAGAUGAAGAAAAAUUUCGCUUAUCACAAGUGUUACAAAAGAGCAAGAAUGAAUAUACUACUUUAGAAUCAGAAGUUUUGGGAACACAUAUAAAAAUAAAACAAAUGAAAAAUAAUAUAAAGAAAAUAGAACAAGAACUAGAAAGACAGAAAGAAAUUUUAUAUAAAUUCGAUUUUCAAAUACAAGUCUUAACAAAAAAGCUAAAUGUAGUAUCAGGUAAUAGUACGUUUGAAAAAAAAAAAGAAAACCAAAAAAAAAUUUUGACCUUAGAAAAGGAACUGUCAAAACAUGAAGAUAUUUUUAAUACACUCAACAACGAAAUUAAAAGAAUUAAUGUAGAAUUAAAAAGUAUAAAUAUGCAUCGAUGUGAUUUAAAAGAUCAGAACUUAGACAUUAUACAAGAAUGCGAAAAAUUUCAGUUAGAAAUUAAAUCUUUAGAAAAUACUGUAAAUAAUGAAAAUAAAGAGAAGGAAAAUAUUAUGCUUAUAGAACUGAAUUUAAAAAUAGAACUUGACAAAUUAAAGGGAAAGUUCGCAAAACAUUUAGAUAAUUUAAAUAUUUUAAAAGACCAAAAAAGGGAAAAUUUAAAAAUUGCUAAAUUAAAUGAACAGGAUAUGAACGCUCAUAUAGAAUCACUACGAAAUAUUAUGAAGAAUAUUAAUGAUGAAAUACAUAAAUUAAAUAUUCAAGUAUAUGAUAAAAAAAGUAAAUGCAAUAACUUGGAACUAAAACUAAAUGGUAUAAUUGCAAUGAAUAAAGAACAAGAUGACGAAAACGUUAUUAAUGAAGAAAGUGCAAAUAAACAUAUUUAUUAUAAAAUAAAAAUAGAAGAAGAUAUAAUAAAACUGAAGGAAGAAUUAAAGAAAUUAGACGAACAAGUAGACAAAGAAAAUAAUGAAAUACAGAAAUUUCAAAAGACAUUAAAUGAUAUUUUGCAAACUAACAAAACGUUUAGUGAUAAUAUAAAAUGUAUAGAUCCUCAGUAUAAAUUACUUUUUAAAAAAAAAAAAAAAUUAAAUAAAAAAUUAAAUGAAAUUAAUGAAGAAAUAACUCAGAUAGAGAAAAAUAUUAACGACUAUAAUAAAAAAGUAAAAGUAGCAGAAAAUCAACUAGACAAUGUGCUACUAGAGAGUAAAAGCAUGGAAGAACAAAUAAAUACCUUAAAGGAAAAUAGCCAAAAAAUGGAGUAUACAAUUAAUGAUAUAUUCAUAAAAAUUGAGAGAGCCUCCAAUCAAUUAAAAAAUCUUAUUGGAACUAACAAAAAAUUACCCAUAUUUGAGACAACGAAGAAAGAUAUGGACAAUAAGGAUGAUAAUAAAUCUGAAAAUAUUUCGUUGGAAAAAAAAAUAUUUAAACAAAUACAGAUGGAGUCAUUAAAAGAAAAAAUAUCUUUUCUUUUUGAAUGUCUCAACAAUUGUAAGGACAAUGAAUUUGUUAAGGAAAUACUUAACGUAGUAGAAGAAGCUCAGUAA